AUAUAAGUAGAAUGAACGUGCGACGUGGGAGGCAGUCUUGAGAGGUUUGGUUUGAGUGGUUACACAAAUCGCAACCGAGUUUCCCGCUAAAUAGAACGAAAUGUACCUUCCUCCCAUCGCCAUUUCAGGAACCCAUUGCUUGCAGGGAGUCUCCUCCUCCUCCUCCUCCCUCCUCCCUCCUCCUCCUCCCCUUUCUCCCUUCGCUUUCAAUCUCUUUCCGCUGUCCCUACCUUCCAUUUUUUUAAUCACAUCCCAGGUUUUUUAGGCUACUACGAGUUGACGAGAAGCGAUGUUCUGCUGCGGAGGUGUGGAGGAGGAAAAUUUUGGCGCGCCUUCGAGUCAAUAUACAGCCCCACCCAGGGGAAAUACAUAUGGUGGCAGCGAGAGAGGAGAGCCCAGGAGUUCCAAUGUUGUCAGAAGUGGAGCUCCCCAGCAAGUGUUGCCUAUUGAAACACCAGUCAUUCCACUGGAUGAGUUAAAUAGGUUGACGGGUAAUUUUGGUACGAAAUCUUUUAUUGGUGAAGGUUCUUAUGGCCGGGUUUACUACGCGACGUUAAAGAGCGGUCAGGCUGCUGCAAUAAAGAAACUAGACACUAGUUCUUCACCAGAGCCUGACACUGAUUUUGCCGCUCAGCUAUCAACUGUUUCUAGACUUAAGCAAGAGAAUUUUUUGGAGUUAAUUGGGUAUUGUUUGGAGGCAAAUAAUCGAAUUUUGGUAUAUCAGUUUGCCAAAAUGGGUUCUUUGCACGAUAUAUUACAUGGAAGAAAAGGAGUACAAGGGGCUGAGCCUGGUCCAGUUCUUACUUGGAAUCAGAGAGUUAAAAUUGCCUAUGGUGCAGCAAAAGGCCUUGAAUAUUUACAUGAGAAGGUUCAGCCUUCAAUAGUCCAUCGUGAUAUCCGGUCGAGCAAUGUCCUUCUCUUCGACGACUUCCUUGCGAAGAUAGCUGAUUUCAACUUGACUAAUCAGUCAUCCGACACAGCAGCACGACUUCAUUCAACUAGGGUCUUAGGAACAUUUGGAUACCAUGCUCCAGAGUAUGCUAUGACAGGACAGAUUACUCAGAAGAGUGACGUGUAUAGUUUCGGUGUAGUUCUUCUCGAACUUUUGACGGGACGGAAGCCAGUAGACCACACGAUGCCUAAGGGACAACAGAGUCUUGUUACUUGGGCAACACCAAGAUUAAGUGAAGACAAGGUGAAACAGUGUGUAGAUCCAAAGCUAAACAACGAUUAUCCACCAAAAGCGAUAGCAAAGUUGGCAGCAGUAGCAGCCCUGUGUGUUCAGUACGAGGCUGACUUCAGGCCAAACAUGACAAUUGUGGUUAAGGCUCUCCAGCCACUUCUCAAUUCUUCAAAACCACCGGGACCUGAAUCUCAACCACAUCCAUAAGAUUAUUCACAUUUUGGUUAACAUACAGGUGCACGUGCAGGCGUGGGCACAGCGCAAGCACAGUAAUCUCUCCUGUAAUUUAAAAUCUUAUUCCAUUAAUCUUCAGUUAAGAGCAUCGCUGAAAGAAAAUUGUCAAGAUGCCCAAAUCUUGCUCAUUUAGUUAAUUAUCAUUUUCACCUCAACCCAACUUAGGAACUUGAUCUGAUUCAGGAUUUCAUAUAAUAGUAAGGUACUGUACCAAUGAUAAAUGAUAAAACAACAAAAUUUUGUUUA